AGCAGGAUGCACUCGCUCCAGGUGGACUCGGUGCAGCGCUGGAUGGAGGACCUGCGUCACAUGACGGAGGUGGAGUGCAUGUGUGUUCUGCAAGCCAAGGCCAUUGGCGUGGAGGAGGAUGCCCAGGGCGAGCUCAUCGUGGCCACGGGGGACCAUGUGGCCCGCGACAACCUGCAGACGCUGCUGCGGCGGGCGCUGGUGGUCAGCACGGAGCUGGGCAAGAUGUUCCAGCGGCUGGAGAAGGGCCGCUGGCAGCGGGUCCACAGCACGGCCGUCCGGGCCAACUGCCACGUGCGCUCGCUGGUGCACGAGUAUAGCGCCGCCCGCAACACCCCCUCGGAGAUGCAGAAGGUAAGAAUGGAGGGAGAGGUGGACUGGUCUGGGUUGGAGGGCGGAGGAUGGAGGGAGAGGUGGACUGGUCUGGGUGGGAGGGCGGAGGAUGGAGGGAGAGGUGGACUGGUCUGGGUGGGAGGGCGGAGGAUGGAGAGAGAGGUGGACUGGUCUGGGUGGGAGGGCGGAGGAUGGAGGGAGAGGUGGACUGGUCUGGGUGGGAGGGCGGAGGAUGGAGGGAGAGGUGGACUGGUCUGGGUGGGAGGGCGGAGGAUGGAGGGAGAGGUGGACUGGUUUGGGUGGGAGGGCGGAGGAUGGAGGGAGAGGUGGACUGGUCUGGGUGGGAGGGAGGGCGGAGGAUGGAGGGAGAGGUUGACUGGUCUGGGUGGGAUGGCGGAGGAUGGAGGGAGAGGUGGACUGGUCUGGGUGGGAGGGCGGAGGAUGGAGGGAGAGGUUGACUGGGCUGAGUGGGCAUGCAGAGUAGGGAUUAAUAUUUUCCUGAAAAUCUACCACAUUUCAAUACCGGGAAUAAUUCAAAUUUAUCAAGAGAGUCCCUGGAAAUACUGCAAAAAUCUGGAGUGCCCAUUUAAAGCAGUUCAAAACCAAGAUAUCAUCACUAUGCCAGGGUUAAAUAAGAGGAGCACUGCGUCACAUUGUUGGCUUGGCUGCGCAACUAUGUCAAGAUUUCAGGGCAAAUUAAACUGAUAUUUAGUAAUAAUAGAGUAACUAUCUUUGAUCGCUAAUUACAUUGUUAAUUAAUUCAGCACAUUUCAGCAGGAGGCUAUCUCGACACAGAGCGCACCCCGAGUAUAGCGUUGUCGAAUCAUACAAACUUUAUAACAGCAGUCAAACAAAAGUCAAAUGACCAAAGUUGCUAAGUUUGCUAGAUAACCUCCUUCAACGAAUGACAGAAUAUCUCCUAUAUUUGGCAAAAUCGAGUUGAUGAUUAUACAGAUAGCAGAGCAGCUCAUGAAUACGGGGAGAUGAAGAGUGGAAAUUGUUUAAAUAUCAAGGUAUCUUAACGGGCACCAACUCUGUUAAAAAAAAAAAUCCAUAUCUACUCUCAUACCGUUUGUUGAUAACACAUUCUCUACUGAAACUCUCAUAUGGGCAGCAGUACGAGACAGUGCAGAGAAGUGGGGGAAAUGUUAUAGCUGUAUUUGACAUGCAUAGGCGAAAGACGUGCUUUGAUAAUGCAACCUAUGGAUUACAGAAUAAAGUUAGGAAUUUUUAUGCGAGACAGGAGUCAGGAUUUUCGGUUUCAAUGGUAUUGAGACUGGAUAGGAAAAUAGCCUAGGCUCUAGAAGAUAGACACUUCCUUAUUUUUUGCUGAGAUCCGCCAAAGAUGAAACCGUGCCACUGGUUGCCCCAGGCACAUUUGCUAUUGUUUUGUUUUGAAAAGGAUGAAAUGAGCAUCCAGCAAAGUAAUAAACCGUAGUACAUACUCUGCUGUUUGCACGUGCAAUGAUGUCAGAGGGGGAAAAACGGUUAGUUGUUUGAAGGAACAAAAAAGUUGUAAUAUUAAUUGUUUGAAGUAACAUCUUUGUUGUUGUAAUAUUAGUUGUUUGAAGUAACAUCUUUGUUGUUGUAAUAUUAGUUGUUUGAAGUAACAUCUUUGUUGUUGUAAUAUCGUAAACGGACGUGACCGUUUCACCACAACGGAUUCCAACUAUAAGGAGUUUUUAGCUACUUCUCUGCUGUAACAUUUGAACAUUGGCCGCAUGUAAAUAGUGUCUAUUAUUGGUCACAUAAGCUAUUCAUGCCAAGAGCAAAAUUCAGACUAAAAUAAUAUGAAAAUGAGUCUCUGAGAGCCACCUGUCUGGUUCCAUCUUGGACGUGCUGUUGAAGACAUUAGCUGCCUCUGAUGAGCCUCUCCCUUCAGUAGUUCGUGCAGGUUUCCCGUCAAGUGGAAUCACAGUUGCGCCGUAUUAUACGGAGUACUCACUUUAUCCAUUUUAAAAUGAUGCUGUGAAAGUUCCGCUUCUGUUACAUAUAGCUGCUCAUACCACAGGACAUUUUGUGCAGUUCUCUGUGUGUACAUAAAGGGAUGACCACUAACUGGAGAAUGGCAUUGUUUUCUGCUUUGUGUGGGUGUUCUGCUGUCUGUGUGUGUCUAAUGUUUGUCUCAUUGUAACUUGAAAUGUGUGUCUCUCCUCUUUGAGUGCAGUAUGAGAAGUCUUUGCUUGAGAAGUGCAUGGAGCUGACCACCAUAACAGAGAGGUAAAACAUUCAUACAAAACUUGAAUAAUGUCACACACAUUUGAAUACAGUAGCUCAAUAAGUGUUUAUGUUCAUGGUUUAUCAAAACCGUCUCUUCUACAGAUGCCUUCAUACUGAGGACGAAUUCUUCCUAAAGUCCAUGAGGGAGGCCAUUAACGAGAUUCUCACUGAUGUCAGCGAUUCGUUCAGCCACAUGAUUGACAUGGCCCUGGCCAAUGAGAUCCAGGUAUGAGGCUUUGACCACACUCUCUUUUUUAGUCAUAAUUAGGCCUUCAACACACUGGGAUUUUGUGUCCAGGAACAUCAAAUGGAACCAAUGCUUUUUCAUUGCCGAAAGUAUGAAAACAAACGGUUCGUCUUUUGACGAACAAACACGUCCGAAAAUAGUUGACUUGAGUUGUACUUUUGACAGACAAAAACGGACUAUGAUGUACGUCAUAUACGAUUUCAUCCGUGUUCAUGCAUCUGAGUGUGGCUGUAGCCUUACUCAUUCUUGAUGUGUUUGAUAGACGCACACACACACACACACACACACACACACACACACACACACACACACACACACACACACACUCAUACACACACACAGUCCACAAUCAAACCCAUUCCUGAGCAGCCUGUAAGUCUACAUGUUGUAUUGUUAUACUAAAAACAAAUUAGCACAGUUCAGGAAGGGUGAGUUCAAAGGUAAACAUUUGCCCAGUUUAAUAUAGCCACUAUAAUAGGUGAUUACAUCAUUCCUGUAUCGUUGGUUUAGACUAAUGAAAACAAAUAGAGAUUUCAUUAGACUUUCUACUCUAUUUAAAUGAUCACAACAGUAUGAACUGCAGUAUGAACUGCAGUGGUGUAAAGUACUUAAGUAGAAAUACUUUAAAGUACUACUUAAGUCGUUUUUUGGGGGUAUCUGUACUUUACUUUACUAUUUAUAUUUUGAACAACUUUUACUUUUACUCCACUGCAUUCCUAACGAAAAUAAUAUACUUUUUGCUCCAUACAUUUUCCUUGACACCCAAAAGUACUUGUUACAUUUUGAAUGCUUAGCAGGACAGGAAAAUGGUCCAAUUCACGCACUUAUCAAGAGAACAUCCCUGGUCAUCCCUACUGCCUCUGAUCUGACGGCCUCACUAAACAAUGCUUAUGUCUGAGUGUUGGAGUGUUCCCCUGGAUAUCCGUACAUUUUAAAAACAAGAAAAUUGUGCCAUCAGGUUUGCUUAAUAUAAGGAAUUAGAAAUUAUUUAUACUUUUACUUUUGAUACUUAAGUAUAUUUUAGCAAUUACAUUUACUUUUGAUACUUAUGUAUAUUUAAAACCAAAUACUUUUAGACUUUUACUCAAGUAUUAUUUUACUGGGUGACUUUCACUUUUACUUGAGUCAUUUUCUAUUAAGGUAUGUUUACUUUUACUCACGUAUAACAAUUGGGUCUUUUUUCCACCACUGAUGAACUGGUAAUAACGAAUUGCAUAUUGAGUUCAAUAGAAAAUGUAACGAUAUUUUGAUAAUUAAAUUAUGCUCAGUUUUAAAUAUCCACAAUAGAGUCAUUAAUUAGUUCUAAUAUUGAACUUCUAUAUCGUAUAACUUCAAAACUUCCUCCUUUCAUUGAAAUUUCGCUUGCUGCUUCCCUUUCUGAAAAGAGAUGUCUCAAUGGUAUCUCAGUGGUUUUGUCAUGGCUCUUGUGUGUGUGUGUGUGUGUGUGUGUGUGUGUGUGUGUGUGUGUGUGUGUGUGUGUCCCGGUCCUCUCCAGAUCCUGAUCAGGCAGAUUGAGUCAUCAGACAGUGUGUACACCAUCAGCAGUGCCAUCAGCAACCUGCUCUCCCUCACCCAGGACGGCCUGCAGCUCUGCAGAAUCAUCGCCAAGGUGAGACACACCCCCUCAGACAGACACACCACUCUGUCUGGAUACACGUAGGAUGACGCUCCCUGCUACAUUCUUUUAAUUUUAAAAUUUAACCUUUAUUUAACUAGGAAAGUCAGUUAAGAACAAAUUCUUAUUUACAAUGACGACCUACCAAAAUGCAAAAGGCCUCCUGCGGGGACGGGGGUUGGAAUUAUAUAUAUAACAUCCCCAUAUUCAUCUCUCUCGGCCAUCCACUUCCCCAUACCUCCACAUGAACCAUUGGCCAAAUCCCAAACAGAUCCCUGGGCCCCUGUAAAUCCCUGUUCACUCUUCCUUGCAGAUCGGAAAGGAGCUAAGGAUCGGUUUGGGAUUGGGCAAUCAGUCCUGCCCACCUACCACCCACCCACCAUACUAUACAUAUAUAGUAAAUCUCUAUAGCUACAGAGUCAUAUGCUCUAAGAGAUAAGAGGGGACAGGCCAGACACUAUGUCCCUGUGGUCAUUAGAGGGUACAGGCCAGACACUAUGUCCCUGUGGUCUUUAGCCAACCAGAUGCUUCCAGGAUGCUCUUGAUAAGACUCUUCCGGGUGGGAGACUCAGCCCAUAAACUUAACACACACACACAUACACACACAUACACACACACAUAAACACACAUGCAUACCUUCCUUGUUGCCAGAUGAGAUCAAUAGUGUCAUUUCCCAUUAGGACUGGGCAUUGAUCACACAGACGGCCUGCCUCUGUUUUACCUAUCACUCCCCUCAACCUUCCUCGUACAGCAUCUCUCUCUCUCUCGCUCUCUCUUUCCCUCUCUCCCUCUCUCUCUCUCUCUCGCUCUCACUCUCUCGCUCUCUCGCUCUCUCGCUCUCUCUCUCUCUCUCUCUCUCUCUCUCUCUCUCGCUCUCUCUCUCGCUGUCUCUCUCUCUCGCUCUCGCUGUCUCUCUCUCUCGCUCUCUCUCUCUCUCUCGCUCGCUCUCUCUCUCUCUCUUGCUCUCUCUAUCUCUCUCUCUGUUUCUCUCUAUUGUGAGAGGGUGGUUGGUUAAGAAAUCGGGCCUCCCGAAUGGCGCAGUGGUCUGAGGCACUGCAUCGCAGUGCUUGAGGCGUCACUACAGACCAUCGGCAGUGCCAUCACCCGGGUUCGAUCCCAGGCUGUGUCACAACCGACCGUGACAGGGAGUCCCACAGGGUGGCGCACAAUUGGCCCAGCGUCGUCCGGGUUAGGGGAGGGUUUGGCCAGGGGGGCUUUACUUGGCUAAUCGCGCUCUAGCGACUCAUUGUGGCGGGCCGGGCGCCUGCAGGCUGACGUUGGACAUGUUUCCUCCGACACAUUGGUGCGGCUGGCUUCCGGGUUAAGUGGGUGUUAAGAAGCGCAUUUUGGCAUGUUUCGGGGGACGCAUGGCUCGACCUUCGCCUCUCCUGAGCCUGUUGGGGAGUUGCAGCGAUGAGACAAGAUCGUAAUUGGAUCGCAAUUGGGUUCGCAUACCGCCCCAACAGAUCCACAGAUGACGCAAUCUAAAUCGCACUCCACACUGCCAUUUCCCACCUGGACAAAAGGAACACCUAUAUGAGAAUGCUGUACAUUGACUACAGCUCAGCAUUCAACAUGAUAGUGCCCACAAAGCUCAUCACUAUCAAAUCAAAUCAAAUUUUAUUUGCCACAUCCGCCGAAUACAAUAGGUGUAGACCUUACAGUGAAAUGCUUACUUACAAGCCCUUAACCAAUAAUGCAGUUUUAAGAAAAAAUUUGUUAAAUAAAAAAUAAAAAUAAUUAAAGAGCAGCAGUAAAAUAAAAUAACAGUAGGGAGGCUAUACUUUAUACAGGGGGUACCGGUACAGAGUCAAUGUGCGGGGGCACCGGUUAUUGAGGUAAUAUGUACAUACAUGUGGGUAGAGCUAAAGUGACUAUGCAUAGAUAAUAAACAGAGUAGCAGCAGCGUUAAAGAGGGGAUGGGGUGGGGUGGGGGGGACAAUGCAAAUAGUCUGGGUAGCCAUGAUUAACUGUUCAGGAGUCUUAUGGCUUGGGGGUAGAAGCUGUUAAGAAGCCUUUUGGACCUAGACUUGGCGCUCUGGUACCGCUUGCCGUGCGGUAGCAGAGAGAAAGUGAGAAUAAUAAACAAACAACUCAAAAUUUACAAAUAAAAAUUUCUGACAUUUAAAAAAAACAUCUGUGACCAAUAUAGCCACCCUUCUUUUCAAUAACAGUCAUAAGCCUUCCAUCCAUGGAGUCUGUCAGUUUCGUGAUCUGUUGACGAUCAACUUUUUGUGCAGCAGCAACCACAGCCUCCCAGACACUGGUCAGAGAGGUGUACUGUUUUCCUUCACCGUAAAUCGACCGUUUAAGAAGGGACCACAAGUUCUCAAUAGAGUUUAGGUCAGGUGAGGAAGGGGGCCAUGUCAUUAUUCUUUCAUCUUUAAAGCCUUUACUUGCUAGUCACGCAGUGGAGUACUUCGAUGCAUGCGAUGGAGCAUUGUCCUGCAUAAAAAUCAUGGUCUUCUUGAAAGAUGCAGACUUGUUCCUGUACCACUGCUUGAAGAAAGUGUCAUCUAAAAACUGGCAGUAGGUUUGAGAGUUGAGUUUGAGUCCAUCUUCAACCUGAAAAGGUCCAACUAGCUCAUCUUUAAUAAUACCAGCCCAUACCAGUACCCCACCUCCACCUUGCUGGCGUCUGAGUCGAAGUGGAGCUCUGUGCCCGUUACUGAUCCAGCCACGGGCCCAUCCAUCUGGUCCGUCAAGAGUCACUCUAAUCUCAUCCGUCCAUAAAACCUUUAAGAAAUCUGUCUUCAGAUAUUUCUUGGCCCAGUCUUGACGUUUCAACUUAUGUGUCUUGUUCAGUGGUGGUCGGGUUUCAGCCUUCCUUACCAUGGCCAUGUCUCUGAGCACUGAACACCUUGUACUUCUGGGCACUCUAGGUAGGUUGCAGUUCUGGAAUAUGACAGCACUGGAGGAUAAUCGCUUCCUGGUAGCGUCACGUUUGAUUCUUCUAAAAUCUUUGGCAGUUAAUUUGCGUCUUUUUUUCUCAACAAGGUUCUUGCAACCCUGUUGACUAUUUGCAACAAAACGUUUGAUGGUUCUGUGAUCACGCCCCAAUAUCUUAGCAAUUUCAAGAGUGCUGCAUCCCUCAAAUACUUUUACAUUUUUUUGACUUUUCAGAGUCAGUUAAAUUAAUUUUUUCCCCAUUUUUCCUGAAGAAAAUAAGCUGCCUAAUAAUUAUGCACACCUUGAUAUAGGGUGUUGAUCUCCUUAGGCCACACCCUCCCUCAUUACACAAAUACACAUCACCUGAUAUGCUUAAAUCCAAUAAGCAAUCCAGUUUAUACAGCUUGGAGUUGGGAAAUAUGCAUAAUAAUGCAUAAUAAUGAUGAUAUGGUCAAAAUACUGACCUGCCUAAUAAUUGUGCACACAUAAAAAAUGUUAGGAUACAUGUGAAAUAUUUCAAAUUGGCCUAAUAAUGUAUUUAAUCAUUUUUUAUUUCAUACAUUUUCUUCUUUUUACAUUCAGACCCCUUGACUUUUUCCACAUUUUGUUACAUUACAGCCUUAUUCUAAAAUGGAUUUAAAAAAUAAUAAUUGCUCAUCAAUCUACACACAAUACCCCAUAAUGACAAAGCGAAAACAGGUUUUUAGAAAUGUUGCACAUUUAUUACAAAUAAAAAGCAGAAAUACAUUAUUUACAUAAAUAUUCAGACCAUUUGUUAUGAGACUCGAAAUUGAGCUCAGGUGGAUCCUGUUUCCAUUGAUCAUCCUUGAGAUGUUUCUACAACUUGAUUGGAGUCCACCUGUGGUAAAUUCAAUUGAUUGGAGAUGAUUUGGAAAGGCACACGCCUGUCUAUAUAAGGUCCCACAGUUGACGGUGCAUGUCAGAGCAAAAACCAAGCCAUAAGGUCGAGGCACACAUCUGGGGAAGGGCAUCAAAAAAUAUCUGCAGCAUUGAAGGUUCCCAAGAACACAGUAGUCUCCAUCAUUCUUAAAUGGAAGAAGUUUGGAACCACCAAGACUCUUCCUAGAGCUGGCCGCCCGGCCAAACUGCGCAAUCAGGGGAGAAGGGCCUUGGUCAAGGAGGUGACCAAGAACCCGAUUGUCACUCUGACACAGCUCCAGCGUUCCUCUGUGGAGAUGGGAGAACCUUUCAGAAGGACAACCAUCUCUGCAGCACUCCACCAAUCAGGCCUUUAUGGUAGAGUGGCCAGACGGAAGCCACUCCUCAGUAAAAGGCACAUGACAGCCCGCUUGGUUUGCCAGACCAUGAGAAACAAGAUUAUCUGCCUGAAUGCCAAGCGUCACGUCUGGAGGAAACCUGGCACCAUACCUACGGUGAAGCAUGGUGGUGGCAGCAUCAUGCUGUGGGGAUGUUUUUCAAUGGCAGGGACUGGGAGACUAGUCAGGAUCAAGGGAAAGAUGAACAGUAGAGAGAGAUCCUUAAUGAAAACCUGCUCCAGGGUGCUCAAGACUUCAGACUGGGGCGAAGGUUCACCUUCCAACAGGACAACGACCCUAAGCACACAGCCAAGGAAACGCAGGAGUGGCUUCGUGACAAGUCUCUGAACGUCAUUGAGUGGCCCAACCAAUCACUUUUUUAUUUUUAAUAAAUUAGCAAAAAAUAAACAUUUCACUGUUAGUCCACACCUGUUGUUUACGAAGAGUGUGACGAAUAACAUUUCAUUUGAUUUAAAGCACCUCCUUUCUACCUUUGUCAUUUCUAUUUUACUGUAACAGUACCAGUUACCAGUCUCCUCAAAAAAAUAUAUUAUUUAUCUCAAGGGACUUCCUGGUCAAAUAAAGGUUCAAUUAAAUUAAAUAAAAAUAGCUAACCUGCGAGGGCUAACAACACCUGCGUCACAGAAAAAUUAUGAAAGCAUAACAGGACUCCUCCAUGAGAUUGAAAAUAAUAACUUGUUUUGGGGCUUUAGAAUGGUUGAAAAAUGUAAUGAAGAAUACUGCUCAGGGAUUGGCUAAAAGGGAUGAUGCUUUGGUCUUCUAGGGACUGUAUUGCGUGGGCAGAGCAGGGAAGAGCAGUUAGGGUAGGGGGCAGGACGAUUAGCCACUCCAGGCUUGGCUGUGGCACUAUCUGUGCAUGUGACGUACCAGCAGCUCCUAUAAUGGGUCUUAUUAGAAUAAUGGUGGUAGUUACAGGACCUUUUCUUGCAGGUCAUUCUAUCAAUCUCCAUUGGGAAUAGAAUUCUGUCAGCAAGUGGUUUUGCAAGAGGAAAUUACCGAAUAUGGACACUACGGACUGCUUAUGUUUGUUUAGGGCAAUUCCACGUUAAGAGUGAUGCUGAGACUCAGAUUUCUCACUUUAAAAUGUAUGCCAGACAAAAAUCUAUGAUUGUAAAGUUAAACAAACCAUACAACUCUAUGCACAAGGACUACUUUUAACAAUUUCCACAGUACAUUUUACAAAAACACAUUUACUUGAAGGACUUUUUGCAGAUGCAAAGUUUGGUAACAGAAUGACGUUUUGUGCUGUAUGUGCCGUGGAAUUUCCCUUUACCCUAAUCUGCAUUGCAAAAGAGAUAAACAACCAUUAAGGGUAGCAUAUCAAACCCUUGUGCUCAGAACUUCACAAGAGAAUAAUGAUUAACAAGUUUAUUAAUCAAGACACUAUUAAAGGUGCACUAUGCAGAAAUUGCAUCAUUUUCUGGUUGCUAAAAUUCUAAUCGUUAGCCUAAUGUCAGUUUAUGUGACAAAACAAGCAGUCAUUUUUGUAGAGAAUCAUUGUACCAUUUAAACCGCUGUGAGAUAUAUUUUCAAAAUAUGGUCAAAAAUAGCUUCUUAGCAAAGAUACAUUUCUCAAGCAUGAAUUCUGCUAGGACUGUCUGGGAGUGGUCUGAGUGAGGAGGGGAAAACUGAAAACGAGCUGUUAUUGGCAGAGAGAUUCUUUCUUAUUGGUCUAUUAAAUAAUUUACCGCCGGGUGAUGUCACCAGGAAGGCCAAAACUCAACCCUACCAAAACAGGCUGACAUUUCAGGCAGUCUUUUUCAAACAGCUCUUACACUAGGGCAUUAUCAUAUAUUUUUUUUUUACAGUUUCACAAUAUUAUUCCAACCUCAUAGUGAGGAAAUAUAUACAGUGGGGAGAACAAGUAUUUGAUACACUGGCAAUUUUGCAGGUUUUCCUACUUACAAAGCAUGUAGAGGUCUGUAAUUUUGUAUCAUAGGUACACUUUAACUGUGAGAGACGGGAUCUAAAACAAAAAUCCAGAAAAUCACAUUGUAUGAUUUUUAAGUAAUUAAUUUGCAUUUUAUUGCAUGACAUAAGUAUUUGAUACAUCAGAAAAGCAGAACUUAAUAUUUGGUACAGAAACCUUUGUUUGCAAUUACAGAGAUCAUAUGUUUCCUGUAGGUCUUGACCAGGUUUGCACACACUGCAGCAGGAAUUUUGGCUCACUCCUCCAUACAGACCUUCUCCAGAUCCUUCAGGUUUCGGGGCUGUCGCUGGGCAAUACGGACUUUCAGCUCCCUCCAAAGAUUUUCUAUUGGGUUCAGGUCUGGAGACUGGCUAGGCCACUCCAGGACCUUGAGAUGCUUCUUACGGAGCCACUCCUUAGUUGCCCUGGCUGUGUGUUUCGGGUCGUUGUCAUGCUGGAAGACCCAGCCACGACCCAUCUUCAAUGCUCUUACUGCGGGAAGGAGGUUGUUGGCCAAGAUCUCGCGAUACAUGGCCCCAUCCAUCCUCCCCUCAAUACGGUGCAGUCGUCCUGUCCCCUUUGCAGAAAAGCAUCCCCAAAGAAUGAUGUUUCCACCUCCAUGCUUCACGGUUGGGAUGGUGUUCUUGGGGUUGUACUCAUCCUUCUUCUUCCUCCAAACACGGCGAGUGGAGUUUAGACCAAAAAGCUCUAUUUUUGUCUCAUCAGACCACAUGACCUUCUCCCAUUCCUCCUCUGGAUAAUCCAGAUGGUCAUUGGCAAACUUCAGACAGGCCUGGACAUGCGCUGGCUUGAGCAGGGGGACCUUGCGUGCGCUGCAGGAUUUUAAUCCAUGAUGGCGUAGUGUGUUACUAAUGGUUUUCUUUGAGACUGAGGUCCCAGCUCUCUUCAGGUCAUUGACCAGGUCCUGCCGUGUAGUUCUGGGCUGAUCCCUCACCUUCCUCAUGAUCAUUGAUGCCCCACGAGGUGAGAUCUUGCAUGGAGCCCCAGACCGAGGGUGAUUGACCGUCAUCUUGAACUUCUUCCAUUUUCUAAUAAUUGCGCCAACAGAUGUUGCCUUCUCACCAAGCUGCUUGCCUAUUGUCCUGUAGCCUAUCCCAGCCUUGUGCAGGUCUACAAUUUAUCCCUGAUGUCCUUACACAGCUCUCUGGUCUUGGCCAUUGUAGAGAGGUUGGAGUCUGUUUGAUUGAGUGUGUGGACAGGUGUCUUUUAUACAGGUAACGAGUUCAAACAGGUGCAGUUAAUACAGGUAAUGAGUGGCGAACAGGAGGGCUUCUUAAAGAAAAACGAACAGGUCUGUGAGAGCCGGAAUUUUUACUGGUUGGUAGAUGAUCAAAUACUUAUGUCAUGCAAUAAAAUGCAAAUUAAUUACUUAAAAAUCAUACCAAGUGAUUUUCUGGAUUUUUGUUUUAGAUUCCGUCUCUCACAGUUGAAGUGUACCUAUGAUAAAAAUUAGAGAUCUCUACAUGCUUUGUAAGUAGGAAAACCUGCAAAAUCGACAGUGUAUCAAAUACUUGUUCUCCCCACUGUAUAUAUUAAAAACAUGGGGGAUUGGAAGUGAUGCAGACAAUUACAUUGAUAGAAGUUAUAAUCUAUCUGAAUAUUUUUUUCUCAUAUAAUUUAAAAAACUGUUCGCUAGGCGUAGGCAAGACCAUAAGCAAAUAGGUAAACUGGGAUAAUACUAAAGAGUUAAUCAGGGUGAUUUUUCCACAAAUUGACAGGUAUUUACCUUUCCAUGGUAGUAAGAUCUUAUCUAUUUUUGCUAACUUUCUAUUAAAAUUUAUUGAAGUGAGAUCAUUUAUUUCCUUUGGGAUAUGUAUUCCGAGUAUAUCCACAUCACCAUCAGACCAUUUUAUUGGUAAACUACAUGGUAAUGUAAAAAUUGUAAUUUUUUGCGAUCCAAUACGUAAUAUAGUAAAUUUGUCAUAAUUUGGUUGUAAUCCAGAGUGGUUAGAAAAUGUAUCUAGAUCCUCUAUGAGGCUGUGGAAGGAUUCUAGUUGUGGAUUUAAAAGAAAACAUGAAUCAUCAGCGUACAAUGACACCUUUGUUUUUAAGCCCUGGAUUUCUAAUCCUCUGAUAUUAUUAUUGGAUCUGAUUUUAAUAGCUAACAUCUCGAUGGCCACAAUAAAUAGAUAUGCCGAUAUUGGACAACCUUGUUUCACUCCUCUUGACAGUUUAAAACUUUCUGAGAAAUAGCCAUUAUUUACUAUUUUACACCUAGGGUUACUGUACAUGAUUUUGACCCAUUUUAUAAGAGAUUCUCCAAAAUUGAAAUGCUCCAGGUAUUUAUAUAUAAACCCCAGUCGUACUUUAUCAAAUGUCUUUUCGAAGUCUGCUAUGAAUAGCAGGCCUGAGUCUCACUUUUACACAUAUUAGUGUGUAGCCCAAACUGUUUGGACGCUACAAACAAAAGAUGGCAGAUCGGCUGUACCAACUUCAGACGAGUCCCAAGACGCUUGUGGGAGUCGUAGAGCAAAAUGGUCAUAAUAGUUUGUAGGCCAAACCGUUUGGACGCUACAGACGUUUUUGUGAGAAGACCGAUUUUCUGGAUGUCUCAUGGUCUGAAAAACACAGCUCUAGCUCUGUCACCUUUCACCGCAGAUGCGGAAGUGUUGCAUAGGCGGAUGCGUUUGAUUGAGACUCAUCCAUUGCAAAAACAGAUAUAUAUAGCUUAAACUGACACAUUUUUAUGGGGAUGUUUUUAUUGUGUGGGCGUGGAUAUCGACCUUAGGAUUAACGUGAGUCAUUGGCUAGCCUGUCAGGUUGGUAAGCCUACUGUGCACUGUUGGCUGGACUAUUCGGCCUGGUUGGAUAGUCCAUUGUUGGCAAGUCUAUUGGGCACUUUUGGCUAUUGGAAGGUUUGACUUAGCACAGUCUGUUUGCUUUGAAGGGCUAUCAAUUUGACAUAAGCUCAGGCUAGCUUAUUAAGCACUGAGCAUUGUCUGCAAUGCUAAUGUGAAUGCUGAUGCUAAUGGUGUUGUCUUUUUUGUCUGUCCACAGGAGGGUGCUGUGGUGGCCCUGUUUAAGAUCUGCCGGCAGGACUGCUUCAGCGACCUCUACGCACACGCCCUGAGGGCGGUGGCCUCAAUAUGUUGCGUGGAGGAGGGCAUCAACCAGCUGGAGAAGGUAGUGUAGUGCAGCGUUUUAUAUGCGUAGACACUAGCGCACCCACACACAUUCAGAGGUUGGUAGUCACCGAUGAGGGCAGUGGCAUUAUGUCCUGCUCUCCAAAAAGCUGCCAGGUGCUGGGUGGAGGUACUACUGGUGUCUGAUACACAAACAAACAGAUUUUCACAGAAAAAUCUGGAUGCAGAUACAAACUGACACACUCAUACAACCAUAAAACCAUAUAACCGUGUAACCAUACAACCAUACACUAAAACUCAUUUACUAAUGAGCAGCAGAAGACAGACAGACAGACCAGCAGACAGAUAGACAGACAGACAUCAUUCCAUUGGUCUGCUAGAGUGAAAACUUUGGUGCGAGAUGUUUAGUCUUCCAGUGGCCAGGUAUAAAUGCUCAACUACUACACUGGGGCUGUAGGCCUCACAAGCACAGGUGAAAAAAUGCUAACAAUGAGAUUAGCGGGAGACUUGGCCACUUCAAGCUCUGAGCAGGAGCUCAAGGAUACUGUAAAAAGUAGUGUUUGUUUCACUGCUGGCCAUGGUCUCCUUGCAGGCUGAUUGAUGUAACCUUGCAUUUCAAUUUGCUCUGCAAGCAAGAAUUUGAGGUUGUUAAGAGAGUAUGGUGUGUGUGUUUGAGUGCCUGCAAGUUCUUGUGCUUCAGUAGGCCUAUAUAAACAGAAUCUUUUCAGUGUGUUUUUGUUUCUUCUUUUGAGAAUAAACAAAAAACACAAAGCACCUCUACCCAAUGGCACCCAUGAAAGACAAAUACAACCCCAUUCACUGAUUAAUGACGCCACACCGGCAUCUGUGUCUGCUCAAAGAGAAGCUUGGAGAACGGAGGCAGUCAGGUGUAGAAACGCCAGACAACAUAGGCAUGACAGUGGGUUCCAGAUUAGAUCCUCCGGGGGGAACUGUCGCUACGCUAGUGGAUGCUACGAACCGGACACGAGCCAUCGCUCAGCCGCGACAACCACAUCUGUCGCAGUUGCCGAGUGAUGGCGGAAAGGGGAGGAUUCACUCCUUGUGUCUCAUUGGUUGGAAACUGUUUGUUUAUUUCUUUUGGGGCAUGUGGUUAAAACAGUACGAGCGUGAUGAAGUUGAACCUCCAUGGUCGUGUCUACUGCACUCUGAAAACAAAAUGCACAUUGACAAAAAGUGUCCUACAGUACAUGAUAUUUGAGUAGCUUAACUUUGGUAUAAAGUUAUUAUAUGCUAUAUACCCCUUUCAAAAAGUAGGUAGACAUAUGUUAUUAUUAUUAGGAUACAAAACUUGUAUGAGUCAAGUCAAGUAAGUGUCUUCUUCCACACGAUUAUUAAACAUUUUGGAAGACAUCCGGAGUAGACCGGGGGGCAAAAUAUGAAUGAGAAGUUAUCUCAGUGCAGCAUAUUUCGGGGAGAGGGACGGGAGUGGGAGGAGGACGGAAGAGUGGAUUGUUCCUCGUCAAUGGGCCGUGCCGGCACACUGGUGAUGUAUUAGGAGACAGAAAUACGGAGUUGUCCUAUCGUCAAGCUCAUAGUGAUGGUCUUCAGGAAAUGACUCUGACAGGUGUGUCUAGGAUGGAUAGUUUGUAUGAGCUCACUCGAAACAAUUCUACUCACGCUGAACGUUUGUAGACUUCUUUUCACAGUGAGCCAGAAAAGCAAAAAGUGACAAUUAUUGCAACGUUUUUCUGUUUGGGUGCUCUGUAUUGUAAAACUGGUCACUUCCAUUACAGACUUGACGGUCAAAUCCUUCAAAAGGUAAAGUUAUACAGGUUAUUUGUUUUUAGGUAAAAUCUUUUGCUAAUAUUAAUAAAAGGUUUCGUUUUAUUCCACAGUAUAUUUGGGCACUAAUACUGUAUAUGCAGGGUCACCGGCACUACUGCUCUAAGAUGCAAGGUCUCAAAGGUACUGUAUAUUAUAGUAGUGGGAAGUGCACCAGAGUUUUGUCUGUGCAACAUUGCCACAGUGUGGAUAAAUAUUUUAUUUCCAAACCUGGAUGAAAAGGUUCACUGUAUAGGCACACUUAUCACUCUACUCAACUUCCUUGGGUUUACUCUCUCUCUCUCUCUCUCUCUCUCUCUCUCUCUCUCUCUCUCUCUCUCGCUCUCUCUCGCUCUCUCUCUCUCUCUCUCACACCUCUGCAUGUACACAGAAACAUGUUAUGUGUGUAUUUUAGUUUGCCUACCCCCAAACAACCUCUCCCCAACACAUGCACAUCACAGCACAUGCACAUCCACCCACACCCCUUGGCCAUCUUAAACAAUGUCCAAUCAGAAGUCAGAUAAAAGCGGUGGGGCGGGUGAAGAUCCACACUUUUUCUCCCAUCGUGACUAAUUAUAAAAUCGCAAAGCCCAGCGCUUUUUCUACCGUCAUAAAAACAGCUUUUAUUGGAUUACUCCUGUUUCACUUAAAUAUAUUAGGAGACAAUUAAAGACAUUGGGUCUGCACCAACGAGGUGACAAUUUUGAGAGACACGUGAAUCACAUUCCCCCAAACCUGAUGUGCACGUGUUGGGGAAACGGCAGGCGAGAUCUGAGAGCCCUCAGCCCAUAAAAGCAACUCCAGUCCCAGAGGGAGAUGGCCGUAAAAUUGGAGUGGUGUCGUUUAAUCGUGAUGGCUUUAUGGGCAGAGCUACUAAGUCUCACCCGGGUUGGCCCGGACACUUAACCAGGGUUGCACCCCAGGACACUUAACCAGGUUUGACCCCGAACACUUAACCAGGGUUGACCUGGACACUUAACUAUCUGGCUGGAUGCCUAAAAAUAGAACCUACUAUAGAGGGAUUCUUCGAUGAAUCAAAGGCGGCUGUCAAGCCAAUGAGAUGCUCGGGGCUUGUUACAUCAUAUACUGUAUAUGGUUGUCCUUUUUAUUUUGGACUUCUUCAAUGAAUUCCAAAUGGACUUGUGUGUGUUGUACUGUGUGUGUGUGUGUAGCCUGGUGGUCCAGUGUGUUUGUGCUUUCACCAACUCGCCUCUGUUCGUUGUCAUACAAAAUAAUGUAUGUAGGGCUUGACAACCAUAGAAGAGUUGACCACAGCAUAUACAAUAUGUGGGUCUAAGGCUAAUGUGUGUGUGUGUGUGUGUGUGUGUGGAAUGUGUUACGUUCUGAAUUCCCUCAGAUAAAGUUUGAUGCCAUUAAACCAGCUGCUACGUUGUCUUGUUAUCCUUAUGUCUAGUAUGAGACGAUUCGAUGUAACAGGAUGUGCUUGUCAUUGCGUGUUAUGCGUAUGCAUCACCCCUCUUAUAGGUGGAUGGGAUCCUGUGCCUGGCAGACAUCCUGACCGAUGAGAACAGUGCUGAGGCGGCGAGGGCAGAGGCGGCGGCGGUGGUGGCCCAGAUCACCUCGCCCCACCACACCUCCACCCAGCACCUGGGCAGCUUCCUGGAGAGCAUGGAGGACAUUGUCACUGCUCUCAUCAGUGAGUGCAUGGCUGCUGCACUGCAGGGCUUUGAUAUGGCUAGAUCAGUGUGUUCAUUCUGAAACACUUUAAAGGCCCACUGUUUAAUAUACGAAAAACAAGAGAACGGCAGCUCCUUCACUUAGUUUUGGGAUGGGGGCUGCGGAAAUGUAACCACUCGAAAAGGUGGAGCUAUGAAUGUAAAGUCCAUGAGGUCCAGGUGAUUUUUGAAGAUAAAUGUGUGUGUGUUUGUUUCCUCAAGAGUUGUGCGCGAGUGCCUCCUGUGGUGAGGUCUUCCUCCUGGCGUCUGCUGCCCUUGCCAACAUCACAUUCUUCGACAGCAUGGCCUGUGAGAUCCUCCUCCAGCUCAACACCAUCCACAUCCUCCUCCAGGCAUGCAAAGACCGCCAGAGAGUGGAUACUCCCUACUCUAAAGACCAGGUAGAGGACACGCUGAUCUAUAAAUAAUUUAGAUCCGGUAGAGUGAUUGGUUAAAAUGCUGCGCUCAUGAGUGCAAAGUUUGAGGUCGGGAGAGGGAGGGGACCUACCCUGUUACAUAUGUAAACACCUUCAUGCAAACACGCCCGCCAUAUCUUCCUAAUUUCCUAAGAGGACAUUCCAUAAAAACAGAUUUACCAUAAUUCAAAGUAGAGUUUGAGUAAUUCAUGCCCAGCACUGUCAUAUUUUACCAGGAGGCGUGCUAAAAUGUGUUGAGCGUUGUCAAAUCUCUGGUAUGCCCUGUUGACUGUGGUCUUUUUAGGUGGUUACCAUCUUGGCAAACCUCUCUGUUUUGGAGCAGUCUGCACCUGAAGUCCUGCAUGAGAAGGGUACGCAAAAACCUGUUUUAAAUUUUUUUAAAUUGUAGUCAUUUUAGUAAUUUUUUAUUUUUUAUUUUUUUUUAACCAGUUUUUGAUGUAUGUGAAUGAGGCUAACAUCACGAUUAACAUCUCCACACAUAUGUAUUUACUGGUCAUGAUGGAGAAAUUGAUUAAUAUCAAAGGAGGGAGAUGACAGAGAUGACAAUCACACAGGACAGCUACAGAGAAAAAACAUGUUAUUGCAAUUCUGUUAUAAUCCUCAAGAUGGCAACGUAAACCCACAUUUCUGCUAUGUUGCCUGUUUCUUCAACCCUCUUAGUCUCUGUCCCCUGACUCUUUCUUGUUGAUGUUGUGUAUUAAGUCCCUGACUCCGUGUUUGUUUUGUCUUUUUUCUCUCGUCCUCUGUCUGUCUGUGUGUUGUUGUCUUCGUCCUCUGUCUGUCUGUGUGUUGUGUCUUCGUCCUCUGUCUGUCUGUGUGUUGUUGUCUACGUCCUCUGUCUGUCUGUGUGUUGUUGUCUUCGUCCUCUGUCUGUCUGUGUGUUGUGUCUACGUCCUCAAUCUGUGUGUUGUGUCUACGUCCUCUAUCUGUGUGUUGUGUCUACGUCCUCUGUCUGUCUGUAUGUUGUGUCUACAUCCUCUGUCUGUCUGUGUGUUGUGUCUACGUCCUCUGUCUGUCUGUGUGUUGUGUCUACGUCCUCUGUCUGUCUGUGUGUUGUUGUCUACGUCCUCUGUCUGUCUGUGUGUUGUGUGUCUGCUAGGUGUUGAGAGACUGCUCCAGCUGCUGGGUGAGAAGCCGUCGUCCUCUAGUCCAUCGGAGGGCGCCGCGUGCGAGCGGGUCCAGCAGAAAGCCGCUGUCACACUGGCCCGUCUGAGCAGAGACCCGGACGUAGCCCAAACAGCCAUCCAGCUGCAAGGUAGAGGCCCUCGCUCUGGGGUUACGUUUUUCAUAGGUACAGAUCUAGGAUCAGUUUCCCCUCCCCAAAUCCAAAUCUUAACCAUUAGUGGGGGAAAUGCUAAACUGACCCAAGAUCAGUGUCUAGGGGCAACUUCCCCCUACUCCAUAGGCCGUCAGCUUCUCUGCUACCUAAGCUUAUAGCGUUUAGACCACUUCCUCAGUAUCCUGUCUCUUCUGAGUUGCAUUCAAGAUUUCGACUAGGAUGACCUUUCUUUGAAGUAUUUUAACGCUGUAAAACGUUAUCUUAAACAGCAUUUUGGUGUGAUGAAUGCAUGUGUGUCCAACUCUCAGUAGAAGUUCACUCUGGGGUGGAAAUCUAUUCAUAUAGGGACUGAUUUGACCUGAGGAAAUUCUUCCCUUUCAAGCCUUUUUUACUCUCUUAAUCACAGUAGUCAUAGUAACCACAGGAGGUUGGUGGCACAUUAAUUGGGGAGGACAGGCUCAUAGUAAUGGCUGGAACAGAAUAAAUGGUAGCAAACACAUUGUUUCCAUCUGUUUGAUACCCGAGUAGCGCAGUGGUCAAAGGCACUGCAUCGCAGUGCUAGCUGUGCCACUAGAGAUCCUGGUUCGUAUCCAGGCUCUGUCGUAGCCGGCCGCGACCGGGAGACCCAUGGGGCGGCGCACAAUUGGCCCAGCAUCGUCCAGGGUAGGGGAGGGAAUGGCCGGCAGGGAUGUAGCUCAGUUGGUAGAGCAUGGCGUUUGCAACGCCAGGGUUGUGGGUUCGAUUCCCACGGGGGGCCAGUAUGAAAAAUAAAAAUAAAUAUUUGCACUGGAUAAGAGCGUCUGCUAAAAUGUAAAUUUAACUCCAUUCCAGACAUUGUUAUGAGCCAGCCUCCUAUGAUAGGAACUUUGUGUAGGUCAAUCAACAACACAAUUUCCAAACUAACCAUUGUCUUCCAUUUCUCCAGCUGUCCCUCGACUAAUCGAACUGUGUCGCUCACCAGCGGAGAGGAACAACAGCGACUCUGUACUGGUUGCAUGUCUGGUAGGUAUAUUUAAACAAGUGUUUGUAUGUGUGAAUGUGCAUCAUAUAUAUUUCCCAUACACAUGUGCUACACUUUUUCUAGUGCAUAAGUGUGUCUAAUAACUUAGAAUUAAUUAAUGAGAGGUUUAUGUCCAUGGGGCAAAGUUGAAAGACACGGCAGUCCUUGCAUCUGAACCAGUCUUCUCAUCAUAAGGAGAUCCCACUAUGUAAUGAAGCAGGGUAUGUUUAAACAUGCACAUAUCAUACAUAUUCCUGUUCAUCCUUUAUCAUUCAGACAGCCUGAUCUUAAUUGACAAGGCCAGAUCACGGGCUAGAUAAAAGGGCUCUAGGUCUGUGUAAAAGAGUCAGAGGCUUAAUUAAUACUGCUGGACGGAUCUUGCACAUAAGGGCUCUCUCCUUCACUUUUUUACACUGCUUGUUGUACUCAUGUAAAUUUAAUAGGAUUCUUUUUUAUCACUAUUGCCAGGGGUUAAAUAGAGAUUUUGUAGGUGUUGAACCAGCCUUCAAAGAGGGUUGGCUUUCAGAAAACAUUUUGUUAACUAAUAUGUAAAUAUUUGGCAUUUCCCUGCUGGAGUGGAACUGUAGUCUUGUUUCAUACCGCCAUGCUCCCUCUCAGUUGUAACACAGAAUACUGAAGCAGUCAUGCACUGCACAGUGUCAGUCAAUCCUCAACCCAUCAACAAGUAGCUGAAGUACUUAUAUCUGAUAAUCAGCAAAUCUAGAUCUGUAGUCUAUAUUGAUCUAUAUGUACUGUAUAGUGAUCAAUAUUGAUUUAUUCUGUGCCAUGCUACGUCAUACGCUACAGUGCAGUCGUUUGAAUAGGUGUUGAGUGUCUUCACUGAUCCAUCCCUCUCCCUGUGCUCUGCAGGCUGCCCUGAGGAGGCUGGCGGCGGGGUGUCCAGACAGCAUCGAGGCCGCCGACCAUCAGCAGCUGAUCAAGCCCAGACUGGUGGACUCUUUCCUGCUGUGCUCCAACAUGGAAGAGAGCUUUGUAUGAGAAGAGAGCUUUAUAGGACGAUUCAGAGCGGAAGGGUUGGGUGCACAGACACUGGAGGAGUCUCAGUGACCACUCACUCUGCAGGCUUUUGUUCCAGCCUGAGACUUA